CAGCGCCGCCCGCCAGGGGGGCGAGCCGCCCCACACAGGUGAUGGGCGUUUCGGCUGCGCUCCGGAUCGACUCCUUGGGUUUCACUUUGGUCUGAUCUAAGCAAAUAUGCAGAAGUACCGGCUGGUCUAGUCCUUAGAGCCAAGAGGAGCGAGCGAGAGCGGCAGAAAGGAGAGCGGCCGCGCUCCCGUUGGAGGGGAACGUACAAACAGCGGCAGCGCCGUAAUUCCAGCACCGCCACGCCGAGGCAGCCCCGAGCCACCCUGGAUGCGGAGGACCCCCGAAGCCACCCCGCUGCCUUUCCCCUGAGGGAUGGUACUGAAUUUCUGCGCGGCAGGAGCCGGCCUGCAGCUCCUCUCCAUCAGCGUUGCCUUCCCUCCGUAUCUAAAGUGCACUAGACCGCGAUGAGGACCUGGGCUUGCGUUUUGCUGAUAGGUUUUGGCUACCUGUCCUUUACCUCCUGCGAGGAGGCCGAGAUCCCGCAGGAGCUGAUCGAGCGGCUGGCGCACAGCGAGAUCCACAGCAUCCGCGACUUGCAGCGCCUCCUGGAGAUUGACUCCGUAGGAUAUGAUGAUGUUUCAGAGGCAAACUUGAGGUCUUAUAGUGUUCAUUCUGCUAAACAUGUGCAAGAGAACCGUCCUGUGCCCAUUCGCAGAAAAAGAAGCAUUGAGGAAGCCAUCCCGGCUGUCUGCAAAACACGGACGGUGAUAUAUGAGAUACCUCGGAGUCAGAUUGAUCCCACCUCGGCCAACUUCCUGAUAUGGCCGCCGUGCGUGGAGGUGAAGCGCUGCACUGGCUGCUGCAACACCAGCAGUGUGAAAUGCCAGCCCUCACGGAUACAUCACAGAAGUGUCAAGGUGGCAAAAGUGGAAUAUGUUAGAAAAAAGCCAAAAUUAAAAGAAGUUCUGGUGAGAUUAGAAGAGCAUAUGGAAUGCACCUGUACAUCAACAAAUACUAAUUCAGAUUAUAGAGAAGAAGAAACUGGCGAGACCGAGGCAUGGAGACGUGACUGUGCAAGGUCACACAGCAAGGCUAUGGCAGAACCAGGGAUAGGACUCAGAUCUGAGUGCUCAUCCAGUGCCCUAAAUCACACGACCAUCUUUCCUUUCCAAGAAUGAAUCCUUGCACCCUUAGAGAUAAAUACUGAAAAGAUUGAGGCUGCAUUUUUGAGGAGGGAGAGCGAGAUGGCUAGGCUUGCAGUAACACGUUGUGUCGUCAUAAAUGCUACAGCCACCACCUGUUUCCAGCCCACGACUUGAAAGAAAACUGAGCAGUAAUCUCGUAAUUCACAUGAGCGUUUUACACUUGUGAACCCUUCCCAACCUUUGUCUAAUAACGAGGGGAGUGCAUGGUGCUAAGGUUUGUAUUUUUCCUGCGUGUAUUAGUGUUUAUUUGUAUGUCUCUUUCUGUAUAUUUUAUUUUAUUUUGUUCCACGGUCCCAUUUAAAAAAAAAAAAAAAAAGUUAUCUGGAAGGAAAAUCAGACCAAUUCCACAGUCAAAAGAAACAUAACGAAGGUGAAGUCCCGAUUCCACUGACCUUGCUGGCAGAAUUCUCCAGGAGGAGGUGCGUUUAACAUUCCUCGCUGUGUCUGUCUUAGUUACCUGUUGAUUAAAAGAAAGACAUUAGAAAGUGAAGAGGCAGGUUGCCGAGCUGUCCUUUCCCUGCAGAAACAGAACUGCUAGAAUAGCUGGACAUGCGCAUUUUAAACCUGCACCAUCAGAUAGGAUGGUAAUGGUAGGUUGGAUUUUAAUGAAAACAAAUUCUUCUGCUAAUCUUGGCUCCGGGCUGGCCCUCCGUGGGAUUAAGGAUACCACCUGCUGUGCCAAAGUCCUGCUCAGGUUUGAGGCUGCUGGUGGGUGGGAAGAGCACAAACAUCAGAGUGGCUGGUGAGCAAUCACAGUCUGUCCUUUUGCAGUGCCCUCGGGAAAGGCAAAGAUUAUUUAGUUGAUGGAAGUAGUGCUCCUCUUCAGCCUGCAAAGCAAGGCUAACGUCAUUAAGGAUUUCUUUUUGACUGUUCAGCAAAACCAAGGGCUGCUGUUUCUGUGGACCUCCUUUCGUCUUGGACCCAAUUUGCACUCCUGCUCCCAGCACAGCCGAAUCGGCUGCGUAACUCCUGCACUCCUCUGGCCUUAGGAACGAUGACUUCCAUCAUCUCAACGAGACUGCAGAGCAGUUUAAGGAUGAAACGGCUUCUCAUUUCAUAUACCCCACUGCUGCUAGAACUGUAAAUCUUUGUUGGACUGGGUUUAUAGCAAGCUGCUGCUGCAAGCAAGUGAAAUGCAUUUUCUGUUGUCAUACGUAUGGUCAAACUGUUCAAAAAGUUGCCAAACAAAGAACUGAGCUCCUGAUGGGAAACCAACUCAAUCUCUUUACAUUUUAUUGAAAAAUAAUAAAUAACUCUUCAGGCCGAUGGGUCGAUCUCGUAGAUUUCUGCAUCAUUUUCUUACAGGAUGAAGCGAUCGGGAAGGCUACCUUACUUCUGUCUUUUAUCCAGACUAAUUGGAUAUGGACAAGGGGUGCUGAGAGCUGUCAGCGUAACGGGCCUCUCCCCUCUUACUCCUCCCAUCCUGCCAGGUUUGGUCCCUGCUGCUUCCCACCGCUUUGCCCAUCGGCCCAUCUGAGGUGUCUGCCUGCGACUGUGCUGCUCAGAGCCCUCUCCCUGCCAUGUCCCUUGGUAUCCUUGGAGGUACAAGCAGCUUUCCCAAGGCUGGUUUUCACGUGAGAGGGGGCACACGAAGGGCAGUGGCAGGGAAGGUCUCCGAAAUGAAAUUCCCAGGAACAGGAUUUGCACAUUUUAUGACUGGUCGGAUAGAAAUGCAAUGGAGCUGAAUUACUACUCCUUAAUCCUGCUUUCUCGCUUUCCUCCCAGCAGCCUCCUCCCCUCAAUUUUAGGUAAUACAUAAGCUUAUAAACAAAUCCCACUGCGUGAAAAACAGCAAAGAGGGGGGAAAAAAGGACCUGGGUUAGGGCUGUGAUGGAUAGACAGGUGGAAGGCAGGCACCAGAAAGGGACAAUGAAUGGUAAAA